AUGAACUUGGUCACUGAUCCCAACGCUCACAUUCAAACAGUCAAGCGAACCACUCCUCAAUACAUCAAGUCCGACUCCCUCAAGUCCUCUUCGGCUACAAACGAAUACUUCUCUGACUAUGCCUCCGAAGUCGCCAGUCAAAAGUCGGACGCAUCCAAAGCAAGCUAUGAGACCCCUCCCUCAAGGAUCUCUACUCCACUUGUACAGCACAACCCUAUCGACUCCGAGAUGACGCUUCCUUCAAGACCCGGCGCGAUUCAGCCGGCACCUCUGAACAUUCGACACAACCAAAAUAUAGGUGCACAGACAACGGUGCGGAUGCUGUCCAGUUUCGACGAGAUGAGCCCUCCGACUCCGGGGGUUGACGAUACACCAUACAUCCGAUUUGCUAUCGAGCAAUUGACCAGAGACGAGGAUGUCAUAGGUCGAGGCAGGGACAGUACCUUUCCUGCCCCGAAUGUGCCUCUUCCUGCGCCUCGUCCUCCAGUGGAGCCUGGAUUUGACGAUAGCCCUCAAGCACGAACACCCUCUCCUCCUCCUCCGACUCCACCCCCCCAGCCUGUCUCACCCCGUCCGCCCUCUCGGGCUCCGUCAGACAUAGGCCCGCAGGAGGUCAUGAUCCCCGUCGAUCUUUCGAAAGACCUUCGUAUGCGCCUCGGCUAUGUACCACUACCUUUACGACUUCCAAUUCUCGGUCUCUACUUCUUCUUAUGCCUUUUAAUGAUCGCCGCCCUGAUAUUUAGCCUGGUAUAUGCAGGCACGAAUCACGCACUUUUCGACUAUGAUGGAAACACGACGCCACGCUACUUUGUCUUCCAGUAUCUACCACAACUGGUUGGCAUUCUCUUGAUCCUGUGGCUUUUUGUGAUCGAAGCCGCAGUGUACCGAUCCCUACCUUACUACUGCAUGGGCCCUGGCCGUCGUAAUCGCUGGGCCUUGCAGAACAUGCGGGUUCUGCCGGCAAACUAUCUUCUGCCUGACUUCACUUUCUUCCGGAACAGCGAGCUCUUGCUGGGCGUGACAUUCUUGAUCUUCUGGAUGACGAGCUUUACUAUCCCGCUUCUCGCAUGCGUGUUCCAGACCCAGUGGAUCACAGAUGAUGGCCCAGCACGUUUUCGAUGGACAACUGUUCGAGGCGUCGGCUGGACCCUAUUGGCUCUCUACAUCCUCCUGGGACUCGGACUUCUGUAUUGCGCUUUCCGGUUUCGACGACGGAAUUCCAAUCUGCUUUGGGAUCCUUGCUCUCUAGCUGAUCUGAUCUGCUUGUUUCAGAGGUCAAACGUGGGUUCUGAUUUCGAGCAAUCCGAGAUAUCACCACAACCAAACGGGCAGAUCCCUCCAAGGAAUCUGCGUCUAGGUUUCUUCACCACGUCUGAAAGACCAGAAGUAUUUCAUGGCGUGGGAGAGGAAUACGCACCUGUCAAAAACCUAUCAUUCCCGCCCGAGAAGCCAAAGGCUAUCCAUCCCUCAAAUGAGCUGGGCGAUAUUGAGGCUCAACGGCAUUCUUACGGCUCCGCUUUUUCUCGUAAUAUCCACUCGCCGUUUGUCCGAUAUCGGUGGACGCCUUGGUUCCUCCGCGACUCGUUUGUCUUGGCCUGGAUUGUCGCAGCUGUUCUGCUGGUCAUCGCCUUUUUGGUCGUCAGCUUUGUCAAAAAAGCGGUGCAAGACGGAUUUCGCCCUCUCCUCCCAUCUCUGACAGAUUCGAGUGGCUUCUCACCAGCCAACUUCCUCUACAGCUUUCUGCCAGCGUUUCUCGGCAUGGUGCUGUUCCUUGCUUGGCAGCCAAUUGACAUGUAUUACAGAGCAGUCCAGCCGUUCCGCAAUCUGUCUCAACCAGCCGGGGCCACGGCAGGAGACUCGCUACUACUGUCAUAUCCUGCCUAUGGACAUGUUCGAGUCAUUAUCCGGGCUCUGAUCAAUCGUGAUUACAAGGUUGCAUACAUCACCUUUAUCGCGUUGCUCUCACUCUCUAUUCCUGUCCUGGCUGGUGGAGUAUUUACUGCAGUGUUCUUCUCCUCAGACAAUCAAGUCAGAAUUGUCGCCAGCAUGCCUGGGUACAUUGCACUAUGCGUGCUGGUCACUAUCUAUGCAUUUUCGUACCUUUUCAUCUGGCCCACCAGAAAGCGAUAUCUGCCGCACAAUAUCGACACCAUUGCCGCUCUGCUGAGUUGGCUAUAUGCUAGCCCAUUGCUUGGUGAUGUCGCUUUACAGAACAUCGGAACGAAAGUUGAGUUGGUCAAGAGAUUGACUGGGUCCCCCGCGACCCCAACGUCAUUGACCGGUGACGCCGAAGUGGACGAGAAAAGUGGUCGUCCUCGGCGUGCUGUCCGUCGUCUGGCGCAGGAUACUGGGAUGAGAUAUGCCUUCGGUAUCUUCGUCGGCCGGGACGGGAAAGAACAUCUUGGCAUUGACCGCUUGCAGAGGCCGGGUAGUCGAGAAAUGCUGGUUGUGCCGACUUCGCACUAG